UUGCUGGGAGCAGAGAGGGUUCUGCAGGGCCUGCCUGGGACCUUGCAGGGCAGUGAAGUCUGCAGCUGUUAGCCUGAGCUCGGUAGACUGCAGGACUCUCUCACUCACAAUCAGUUUAGUUGGGCCCUGGGACAAGUCCUGACUUGGGUUCCAGGACAGGAAGUUCCCCGUUCACUGUCUUUCCUGACAUCCUGCCCUGGAGUAAUUUGAUCCACAGAACUUUUAGAUCCACGCCCCUCAGAACUCAGCCAAUUCUCAUUAAGCCAAAAUUCAGGAAAAGGAAACUUCUGAGAAACCGAAACUGCUGGAGAGAGGGUGGACCCACGGCACCUCAUCCUCUACCCUUCACUGCUGGCUUUGCUCGGGACCAUGAACCACACUUCCCAAGGCUUCCUGACUGCUCCCACUGGGGGGCAGCCCCCAAACUACGAAAGAAUCAAGGAAGAAUAUGAGGUAGCUGAGUUGGGGGGACCCCAUGGCUCCACUUCUGUCAGAACCACCGUGAUCAACAUGCCCAGGGAGGUUGCUGUCCCGGACCAUGUGGUCUGGUCCCUGUUCAAUACGCUCUUCUUGAAUUUCUGCUGCUUGGGCUUCAUUGCCUAUGCCUACUCUGUGAAGUCCAGGGACAGGAAGAUGGUGGGCGAUGUGACUGGAGCCCAGGCCUACGCCUCCACUGCCAAGUGCCUCAACAUCAGCGCACUGGUCCUCAGCAUCCUUACGGUUGUCGUGACCAUCAUUGCUGUCGUCUACAUUGCUGUGUCUGCCGGUCGUCUUUACACUUAGUAGAGGAUUCUGGCUUUUGGUCCUGAUGCAUGCUCCACCAUCCACGGCUGCCUUCCUCCCGGCUCCUUUACCCCUGCCUGUAUACACAGAUAUAACCUCACAGCUCUGUUCAUAGUGGAUGCAAUAAAGUACACACGGUAGCUAC